UGAAGUAAAUGGAAUAGACAGUAUAAGUGAUUUGGCUUCUUCUUGUAAUCAGCAGACUAGAGCUAACUCUUCUUGGUGUCCUGAAUAUUCUUGUCUCUGUUGUGUGAGUUGGGUGGUUGUUUUCACUUCAUUAAGAGUUCCAGAUUAA